UAAUUUUUACAGCAAAACAUCAUUCAAUUUGACGCCAAACUACAACUUUCAUUGAAUUAGUGCAUUUCUACUUUUAGCUUUUCUUCAAUUUCUUAAUAAGUUGAAACCGAGAUAAAUGUCAUCGUCUUCUUCUUCUUCGUCGUCGUCGAUGUUAUCACCGACGCAAAGGUAUGCGGCGGGAGCUCUCUUUGGGCUGGCCCUUCACCAGUCUCAGAUUCUCCAGACCUCUCAAUUGGGCUCAAACGACGACGAUGCCGGACCAACUCACGACCGCACCAGCAGCGGCAGCAGCAGUAGCGAUUCUGUCGCCGACGAUCCUCAGCUUUGGGUCCAUCAGUCCUCCCACCUCCUCCGCCCCAUCUUCAAGUAUCUGGACUUAGAUAAUAAAGCAUGGUCAGGACUCGAGGAAACUUCUGCUUGUACACCCGUUAAACAUCACGUUGGCGCGUUUUUGAGGCUGCUUUCUGAGGAAACGGGUGAUAGAUCUUCGGAAGCAGCUGAUAAGGAGCUCGCUUUGUCAAGAGGUGUGGAUGCAAUGGCAUCAAGUUUCGAGAGCAGUCCUGUUGAUUACGAGUCUAAAAAGGAGAAGCGACGUGAGUACGAGAGUGAACGUCGGGAGAAGUUUUCUACUGCUGAAAAUCAGCAGGAGAUGGGUGGUAAGCCAUCCACCAUUGAAGACAUACGUGUCGAGUCAACUGGUGAAUUUGAUGACAAACCCUCGGAGGAGUUAACAAUGCUUGACCACACAAAGAAAGUGGCAGUUCUCUAUGAGCUUCUCUCAGCUUGUUUGGCUGACACUCCUGAAGACAGUAAGAAAGUCAAAGGACGAAGAAGGGGCUAUGAUGCCCGGCACCGUGUGGCUUUGAGGUUGCUGGCAACUUGGUUUGACAUAAAGUGGGUUAAAAUGGAAGCAAUUGAAACUAUGAUUGCUUGUUCUGCAAUGGCUCUAUUAAAAGAUGAAGAAUCAAAGGAAGAGAAACAAUCCCCACAAAGCUCCUGGUCUAAGUGGAAACGAGGAGGUAUCAUUGGUGCUGCUGCAUUAACUGGAGGGACAUUGAUGGCAAUCACUGGUGGUUUAGCUGCUCCAGCAAUUGCUGCAGGAUUUAGUGCUUUAGCACCGACAUUAGGGACCCUUGUCCCGGUGAUUGGAGCAAGUGGGUUUGCUGCAGUUGCAAGUGCUGCAGGAGGUGUUGCAGGAUCUGUUGCUGUUGCUGCUUCAUUUGGCGCUGCUGGAGCUGGACUUACUGGGACCAAAAUGGCCAGGAGAAUGGGAGAUGUGGAUGAGUUUGAGUUCAAAGCUAUUGGACAAAACCAUAACCAAGGGAGGCUGGCGGUUGAGAUCUUGAUAUCUGGAUUUGUGUGUGAGGAGGAAGAUUUUGUAAAACCUUGGGAAGGAAUAGAUGGUAACUUGGAAAGGUAUGCGCUGCAGUGGGAGUCUAAACAUUUACUUGCAGUGAGCACAGCAAUUCAGGAUUGGCUUACUUCAAAAAUUUCUACUGAAUUGAUGAGGCAGGGGGCUAUGUUGACUGUGUUAAGUUCACUUGUAGCGGCAUUGGCUUGGCCAGCAACUUUACUUGCUGCUACUAAUUUUAUUGACAGCAAGUGGACGAUUGCUUUGGACAGAUCAGAUAAGGCGGGAACACUACUUGCAGAAGUGUUGCUUAAUGGAUUGCAAGGAAAUAGGCCUGUGACCCUUGUAGGAUUCUCGCUUGCAGCAAGAGUUAUUUUCAAAUGCCUCCAGACGUUGGCUGAAAAAGAUACUAGUGCUGGACUGGUUGAACGAGUUAUUCUUCUUGGGGCACCACUUGCAAUUAAAGAUGUUAAUUGGGAGGCUGCAAGAAAGGUGGUGGCUGGAAGAUUUGUGAACGCUUAUUCUACAAAUGAUUGGAUGCUUGGAAUUGCAUUUCGAGCUAGCCUUCUCACUCAAGGGUUAGCAGGAAUUCAGCCGGUUGAUGUUCCAGGAGUUGAGAAUGUUGAUGUCACUGAACUCAUUGAUGGGCACUCUUCCUACCUAUGGGCUACUCCACAAAUUAUAGAACAACUUGAAUUGGACACCCCCUAUCCCGUCCUCAAUCGUGCUGUUGUGAAAACGUAGCGGUAGUUUUGAUCGAAAUCGGUUCUUAAUAAGAUUGGAGGCCUUCCAGUGCUUUAGGUGUUGAAUGCAUCAAAAUAAUGAAGAAUGAGUGAGAGGGAGGGACGAAUCUGAGGCAGGGAAACUUGGGACCUGCUCGUACAUUGUUUAAACUGGGAAAAACGAAAGUGUUGAUAGGGACAGUCAAAAGUCAAAGUUGUGAAUGUAUAAAUUGGUAGCUACAAUCUGCAGUUUUGCAAAAUGGACCUCAGAGUAGUGGGUUGCCUGUUAUUAUUAGUACAUCUCACGAUAAACUGUUUCUCUCUCGUAAAUAAU